GGGGCGGGGCGCGCGACUGCAGCGGGCGGCGAUGGCGGCGGACGGGGACUGGCAGGAUUUCUAUGAGUUCCAGGAGCCGUCCGGGACCCUCCACGACCAGGAGAACUGUAACGCGAGCCCUGAGGCCGGGGCAGGGCCCGGAGGGGCAGGCGACGGCUUUGCGGCGCUGGCCCGCAGCUUGGAGGAGAAGCUGAGCCUCUGUUUCCGCCCCUCGGGUCUGGGCGCCGAGCCCCCGAGAGCGGUCGUGCGGCCCAUCACCGAGGGCAGCCUGCUCCAGGGGGACGAGAUUUGGAAUGCCCUGACAGAUAAUUACGGAAAUGUAAUGCCUGUGGACUGGAAGUCAUCCCACACCAGGACCUUGCACUUGCUCACUCUGAACCUCUCGGAAAAAGAGGUAAGUGACAGCUUGCUCUUUGAUACAUCAGACGAGGAGGAGUUGAGAGAACAGCUGGACAUGCAUUCAAUCAUCGUCUCCUGUGUGAAUGAGGAGCCCCUCUUCACUGCAGAUCAGGUCAUUGAAGAAAUUGAAGAAAUGAUGCAGGAAUCACCUGACCCGGAUGAUGAUGAAACGCCCACACAGUCAGAUCGGCUUUCGAUGCUUUCCCAGGAAAUUCAAACUCUUAAGAGGUCUAGUACAAGCAGUUAUGAAGAGAGAGUAAAAAGGCUCUCAGUAUCUGAAUUAAAUGAACUCCUGGAAGAAAUCGAGACUGCCAUUAAGGAAUACUCUGAAGAGCUGGUGCAGCAGUUGGCUUUGCGAGAUGAACUAGAGUUUGAAAAGGAAGUGAAAAACAGCUUUAUUUCUAUUCUCAUUGAAGUGCAAAACAAACAGAAAGAGCACAAAGAAACCGCCAAAAAAAAAAAGAAACUCAGGAAUGGCAGCUCUCAGAAUGGGAAGAGCGAGAGAAGUCAUAUGCCGGGCACACGCUUCAGCAUGGAAGGGAUCUCAAAUGUCAUUCAGAAUGGCCUCCGCCACACCUUUGGAAAUUCAGGUGGAGAGAAACAGUACUUGACAACAGUUAUUCCUUAUGAGAAAAAAAGUGGACCACCAUCUGUUGAAGAUCUUCAAAUAUUAACAAAAAUUCUUCGUGCCAUGAAAGACGACAGUGAAAAAGUUCCGAGCUUGUUAACUGAUUAUAUACUGAAAGUUCUGUGCCCCACAUAGGGCAGCGUCACUUCAGGAGCAGUUCUGUCUUCCGUGGACUACAAGCUAGAUUUCCCACAGCAUUCCUCUGAACGCUGGCUACGUCGCCUUCCUGCUAUCGGGAACUCAGCACACUUGAACUUGGGUUUGUGAUUCAGUAUUAAUAGAUCAUGCCUUCACUAAUUCUUUUAUUACAGACCAAGAGGACUAUUUUGAAAUCGAGGGAUUUUUUUUGUUAAAUACUAACACUUUUGGACUCUUCUCCAACUCUGUAGAGUAAGGAGGUGUGGUAUUAAUUAUGCAUGUGCAGUUAUAUUUUUCAUGAACUGACAGUAUGCCUACUUCAGUUCUUACGGCUUUCUGGAUCUCAACUGCAUUGAAGAACUGGACUAAACAUAGCUAUUCCCCAGUGAUGGCAGAAACCAACACUGAUUUUUAUGAGCAUUGUCACUAUAAAUAUCACCUACCAGUAUUGUCCAGAGAGACCGACACUUAAGCUUAGGCUGUUCCCAGAGGUGGUGAAACCAGAAUACGUGUCGUCUGGGCUGGACAGUUGUGAGUGUGGAGACUGGCGGCCGCUCGUUCUGCCACCGAUCGUGUUUUAACCUGAGGUUGCCAUGUAAUUUCAGAAUCUUGUGUCGUUUAACUUAAAACGUUUGUUCUGUCUCAUGUAUCUGUGGAGAAGUGCCCUUUCAAAGGAGUUUAUAUCCUUAAGGUGCUUAGCAACUGUACGCGGCAGCGCUGCCCACUCCCCGUGACCGUGUUGCCCUUUCCGCACGCCCACGCUUUCCUGACGUGCUGAUUCUAGAAGCAGCCGCUCACGGGUCCAUCACUUGUCGUGAAACAGGCCUGCUGUUUCUGGUCAAGUCCAUGUCCUUUAAUAAACGUUGACAUGUGAUGUGUGCUU